UCCAAAACUAAACUUUAAAAUCAAAGAUUGAAAACCGAAAACGUUUGUUAUUGAAUAAUAAUGUUAAUAACCGAAAGGGCUUAUUGAAAUUGGCUGAUUGAUACGUUAAUGAAUUAAGCUACUUAAACGCCGUGCCGCAAUUCCACAUUAUGAACGAACUCAGCUAACCUAGAAACUGCCUUUAGGUUAGGGUAAUAAACAAGCAAACAAGCUCACGGGAUUGAUAUCAGACGUUUUAGGCACUAAGAAGUAAGAAUUGCUGUGAUUUAUACGAUGGAUACUUCAUGUUCUUCCAAAUCCACAAUCAUAAAAGAGAUGCAAGAACUUCAGGACACAGUGAGUCUGUACUAUCGCAGGGUGGAUGUAAUUGAAAAGAAGUUGAAAUCAUCUUACAUUUCAACAGAGGAGAGACAAAGUCUUGAAAACGAGCUGCAAGACAUUACAAAGCAGUGUUCUAGUCUGGAAGAAUCCAUCAAAGGCCUUCGUAGAGAAAAUAGCAAGACAUUUGCAUUUGCAGUAUUAUUAAUGUUCUUUAGUUUCCUAGGCUAUGGGUUAUAUCGAAUGGUGUAUGGCCAUGAUGAUUAGGUCAGAUAUAUUUACAUGUUGAUCAUUGCUCGGUAUCCGAGUUCAAAAAAAUAUUGUUCUUCUCGUAAUCAGAAGGUUGCUGUUUGAUCUUGAGGAAAGUAGUUUUUGCAGUGUUCAAAACUGAAUCAAGCUGUCCUUGAUGUGGUAUUUAAAGGUAUUAAACCUUUAAGGUAUGUAUAGGUUUAUGUAAAGGUUAUUAUGGUAAGAAUUAUUUACCAUGGUUUUAAAUUAUUCAGAAAUAACCGGCUGAAGAAUCAACUGAUCAAGGUUGUCAAUUUAAGUUCUUACAAUACAGUACUUGUUGGCUGAUAUUCACUGAAAAGAAAAGUCCCAUAAUUAAUCUGUCUGCUUGCACAUGACUCAAGAAUGCUUAAGCACAUAUUGAAAUUUUCUUAAGUUGAUGUAUGACUGUCUAUAGCUGUCAGUCACAUUUUAUUCUUUAGAUGGAAACAACACACCAAGACAAUGUGAAGCACAUUCUGAUUCUCACACAUUAAACAAAUAGCUUGGCCAAGUAUGAAUGGCAUAAGUUGGACCAGUACUACACAAAGUUUUGUUCCAAACUAAACCUAAUUUACAAAUUAUUAUAUUUUUACCCCCAGUAUCUUGAAACGUUUGCUAUGAACCCUUUGAAAUGCAGCUUACCACAUAUCUAUUCAUCCCAACAACUUUCACCUGGCUGGUGAGACAGUACUCGAGGCAGCUCAACCAUUGAUAGUACCUGACGUCUACCACACUAGCAACUCUGGUUAACCCAAAGCCCAAUCAUUGUAUAGUUUUAUUUAAGCAAAGUUUUAUACUAUCAUUUCCUCGCUUUAUAUUAGUUAUGCUCUCAUAGGUAAUAAUUGGUUAGUUGAUUGGUUGGUUUGACCCCUUUGUUUCAACAAGUAAAGGUAGAUUUACACACAUUAGUCCAGUCACAGUUCAGCCUCAGUUGCAUCCGCAAUUUCUCAAGGCCUGUUUUGCCAGAAGCGUCUGAUACUGAUAAUCGCUCAGUGUAUAUAGCUCAGGCCUUUUUUGCCAGAAGCCUCUGUUCCUUGCGAUUAUUUGAUCAGAAAGUGGUUUUCUUCAGUUCUGUUUGUACAAAAUGAGCUGUAAAAAGCAAUAGUGAAGUGUUUGUAAACUAAGGAAGAGCAUGAUGAAGAGAUUUUAGGAAUUUUGUCCAAACCAAGGGAAGAAGUACGUUCCAUGUUUUUAAAAAGACCUGUAGAGGGAUAUUAUAAAUUAUAAUAGAAAACCGCCUUUGUUCUGAUGAGACAAAGUUUCACAAGUUUUUCUGGCUUGAUGUUACACAGUUCAAAUGUGUGCUAAGUUUAGUCGAAAAUGAUUUACACAACAAAACAUUUUGUCUUUCAAAGCAGUGUGCAGUGAUUGACGCGGAGCGAUCAUCGCUCAGCAGUCAGACACACCAGCCGCUUCUGGCAAUACAGGCCUUCAGUAAACUGUCUGACAGUUGGUUUCAGUCAGUCUUCUGGUACUUAGUUUACAGUGAAGUUAGAGUCAAGAUUUUAUUUUUUAUUAAAGCACAACAUUCUAUAAAUUUUUCAUCGCCUAUCUUGAUGAUUAUUACAAACAGCACUUAAAAUAUAAACACAAAUUUGUUGACUACGAUGUGUCUGAACUAUGACAUACCGGAACUGAUGUGUGUGAAACCACCUUAACUGGUAAAUUUAGAGGUGCUGAUUCUAUAAAUUAUGAAAUUUAUAGUUGUAAACAAUACUGUGAAAAAUAUAACUUUAUUAUAGCUACUGCAGUGAUAACAUGAUUUAUCACUAGUAUACUUGUAUAUUGUGUAUAUACAUUUAAAAGUACUAAUUGAAUAUUUUAUCCUACUAAUAUUAUAAAUGAGAAAGUUUGGAUGUAUGGAUGUAUGGAUGUAUGUUUGUGACAAGUGAACGCGAAAAAUACUGGUCGGA